UCUAGAAUAUCCGGGGGCCCAACUGGAAAAUUCGCAUCGUCUUCCUCCUCUGUUCGUAAAAAGAAAAUUUACGCUCAUCAGCGAGCUUUUCUCCAUCUCAAAUGCAGCGAAUUCAACGAACCAGAACCCUAACCCUAAAAAGCUCACUUCUUUUUCGCCCCAAAUCCCGAGGCCCUUACGACCCCCCGUUCUCCCCGAUCUCCAAACCCCCCAAAAACCCUAACCCUAAAAAACCCCCAGCUCCCUCUAAAUCCAAGCCACCCCUGAUCAAAUCUGACAUCCCCUUCGAUUUCCGAUACUCCUACUCCGAAUCCGACCCGAAUGCGGAAGCAAUUGGGUUCAGAGAACCGCCUCGGUUCUCUCCGUUUGGGCCCGGUCGACUGGACCGGAAAUGGGACGGAGUUAAGGCGAGUUGCGAUGAGGAGAUUGAGAAAGAUAGGGUUUUGAGAGAGAGGGAGGAGAGAUUGGGGGAGCCGUUGACGGAGGGGGAGGUCGCCGAGCUCGUGGAGAGGUAUCGGAAUAGUGAUUGCUCUCGGCAAAUCAAUCUAGGGAAGGGUGGCGUAACACAUAACUUGCUAGAUGAUAUCCACAACCACUGGAGGAGAGCUGAAGCCGUGAGAAUUAAGUGUCUUGGAGUACCAACUCUUGACAUGGACAACAUUUGCUUCCACCUCGAGGAUAAAACAGGUGGGAAAAUCAUUUAUCGGAAAAUUAAUAUUAUACUUUUGUAUCGUGGUCGAAACUAUGAUUCUAAACAAAGGCCUGUCAUUCCUUUGAUGCUAUGGAAACCAUUGGCACCAAUUUAUCCAAGGCUGGUUAAAAAUGUAGCUGCUGGUCUGACCUUUGAGGAGACAAAGGAAUUGAGAAAUAGAGGCUUAAACUCUCCAGCUUUGAUGAAGCUUACAAGGAAUGGUGUAUAUGUCAAUGUGGUGCAGAGAGUCAGGGAGGCCUUCGAAUCAGUGGAGGUUGUAAAACUAGACUGUUCCCAUGUUGAAACUAGUGACUGCAAGAAAAUUGGCGUGAAGCUCAGAGAUUUGGUGCCUUGCGUUCCUCUUCUGUUUAAAGAUAGUCAGAUUGUAAUCUGGAGGGGCAAGGAUAGUCAAGAUGGUGCCUUGCGUUCCUCUUCUGUUUAA